UGAGGUGUGGGUACUGACGAGUGGUGUGUGGGUAUUAACAUGUGUGUGUGUGUGUGUGUGUGUGUAGGUGUGAAUACUGAACUGUUGGUUGUGGUGCGGGAGAGGAUGCGGGUAGUACAGUGGGUGCGGAUGGUAGCAGUACUAUGUGUAGCGUCGAUGGUGUUGGUCUCUUGUUGUUGGCGUCUCCUUACUCACAACUACUCCCAACAACUCUACCACAACCACAACCUGACCGAGAUAGACUACAACCAUCAGGAUUAUUAUAACAGUGACCAUGUAGACGACAAACGCACUCACACACAACAUAACGUCAGGGGACAAGGUGACAGGGAUACCAUUAGUGACUCUACCUCGACGUAUUAUCAGAGGAAGUUUGUUUACAUCAACAGACAAGACGGGAGUAAGAAGGUACACGUAUAUAAUCAACACAGCCAGAUACAUGAUAAAGACACCUAUUCAUAUGACAAAAACAGCGAGGUAUAUAACACAAAAGAACAAAAACAUGACAAAAACAACCAGAUUUAUGUCACAAAAAGACUUAUUCAUGACCAAAACAGCUUCACUAUUGACACAAGCCACCAGGUAGAUGACACUUAUGACCAGACAGAUACAGAGUUUGUGCAGGGAGAUGCUGGUGACGAGGACGAUAGCGAGGAGGAGGAACAAGGGGAGAAGUCACCUCGAGUCAUCCUGCUGUUGGGUAGUUGGCGCAGUGGGUCGACCUUCUUGGGGGAACUCCUGGCCACGGCCGUCCAGGACACCUUCUACAGCUACGAGCCUCUACACCCGUGGAAGAUAAAGGUGUUGUAUGAUGAUGACAACACCACGCAGGCCGCCGUCACCUUCCUCAAGGAUCUGUUCCACUGCCGCCUUGAACAACAUGAGCAGCAGGUCUCCUACAUGGCCAGCCAGCACUGGUACCUGCGCUCGAACACUCGCCUCGCCUCCCACUGUCACUACCAGCAGGGGGACAAGCCAGAACAGCAGCAGCAGCAGGGGGACAAACCAAAGCAGGAGGAACAUCAGCAGAAGCAACAGGGAGAACAUCAAGAGAGGCAGCAGCAAGAAGAGACCUCCUCUUCCUCCUCUUGCUUCAAUGCCUCCUUCGUCAGCCAAUUGUGUCGCAGCUCCCGCCUCCACGUAGCCAAGGUGUUGAGACUCGGCCUGCAGUGGGUGGUGCCGUUACUUGAGGAGAAGCUGGACCUACAAGUGGUUUACCUGGUGCGUGACCCCCGAGCUGUCCUCAGUUCCCGGGAGCGAGUGUCGUGGUGCAGCUCCCCGACCUGCAGGGAUCCAGCCUAUAUGUGUCCUCACCUCUACCACGACCUUCUCCUACUACCCCAACUCCGCCACCUGUACCCUGACAGAUUCAAGAUGGUGCUGUACGAGUCACUCCUUAAGGACAUCAAUGCUUCACUGAGGGAACUGUACUCCUUUCUGCGUCUCCCUCUGCCUGAGAAGCGACUGCUCUUGCUGACAGCCUCCAGCCAGGGGUCCCCCCUCAAGAGGUUAGACCAGGUGUCCAGUCACGCCCGGGGGACCUACGGCACCACCAGGAUGCUCGACAGCCAGGCAUAUUUGUGGCGCUUCUGGACUCCCUACAAGAAGAUGGUGACGUACCAGACCCACUGCAGCAGAGUGAUCAGGUUCCUGCGGCUCAGGCUGUUUACCUCCUCCACCCAGUACCACAGCAUUUCCCGCUACCCCGUCCUCCUCCCACGCCCACCCCAACACGCCCUCACUUCCUGAAGACGUCCAUGUCUCCUGAUGCCAUGUCCACCUCCACGUCUCAGCAUUACAUCACACGUGACUACUCCACUCAUCAACCCACGUGUGACCAUGUCCACAUCUCCACUGCCUAAAGCCGCCCACAACUCGCCCACCCUUACAUGACUACGCCUGCACCUAGCUCCCCGCCAUUGCCUUAGUACGCUCAUUCCACAGAGAUAGCCACGCCCACAUCACAUAUUCAGGUGCCAGAUGAUGUGAUAGCGUGUGACUGUUGUGUUGAGGGUCACAAGUUUCUUAUGAUGUCAUCGCUGUGAUCAGUAAGUCUUUCUGCCGUGUGUACUACCAUGGUUAACUAGUAGAUACUGCGACCCCUAAAGUGCUUUUUAAAAUUAUUCUACAAGUAUAAUCUGUUAUUAUUCAUUAGAUUUUUAAUUCUCAUGUACGAAAAAUGCUUUCCUCGAUGUUUUUAUAUAUAUUUUUCAGUGAGAUGAAAUUAAUUUUCGUAAAUGAAGAUUAAGAACUGAAUAAUUAGUAAAUUGUUUUUAUAGUCUUAAUUAAGCAGGUGUUGCUGUACUUAAUAAUUACUCCUCUAUAUCAUGACAGGUAUAGGAGCGGUGCUGUGCCUCUGUGAACUGUACAAGUAACUCAGGGUAUAGUGAUCAAGGCUUAGACUACACAUUAGGAUUGUUGCUCACGAUAAUAUACGGAUCUCAUGAAGAUUAGAAACCUCAACUUAUUUCACCAGAUGACUAAACACCCACAUAAUAACCUAACCUAACCUGACCCCACCGCACCCCAUCCCCUUUAGCGUUAGGGUGUUUAUCAAUCAUCAGGAGAUAAUAAACGGAGGUUCCAAAUCGUCAUGUGAUCCUUUGAGUAAGUUGUUUUUAAUAAUAUAAAUCUUAUACAGUAGAAAUGACUAAGGUCGACUGGUUCAUUUCUCCCCUUGAUUUUUGCUCCAGUUUUGCUGUUAUUGCCUCUGCCUGUAUAAGACUGUCCGGAUCAAAGUACCUCCAUCCAUUUAUUAAGCUGACUCGCCACAUGGGUGACUACUGACUAGUGAACCACUUAUACACUUUUUGCCACCUAUUAACUGAACUGUGAAGAUGUAGGAGCGUAUACUGUCCACCCUGUGUAAGGUCAUCUCCCUGACCUGAUAUAUUGAUGUAGACUUUACAAUAAUGCACAUGGGUUGAAAUGAUUCCCCGCUUCCUGUACUGCCAUAAUUAUGUGGAUCAUAACAUUAUUUAUAUCUUCUACAGUUCCUGCUUAAUUAUCUCUUCCUUAUUAUACUCAUGUUAUAAAUGAACGAAAUACGAAAUGAAGUUUUACAUUUAAUAACUUUAACUAUGUAAACAACUGGAUUGACUUCUUAGUAAAACGGAUGAAAAUGCAA